AUGACUGAACGACUAGUGAACAUUGGAGGGCAUUUUGCCCCAACAAGCAAGAAUCGAGAUGCUUUGUUGCAAAAGAGCCCGGACGAUAUCGUGAUAACAUAUCUUGCACGCACGCCUCUCUGCAAGGGCCACAAGGGCGGCUUCAAAGACACGACCCUCGACUCGAUUGUCACUAAAUUUUUAACACAAAUCGCCCAGGGCAUCAAGAUUAGCCCGGAGCUAGUAGAAGACAUUUGCCUGGGUAACGUGAGCGAGUCCAAUGCAGGCUACUUUAUUCGCGCCGGAGCCAUGGCUGCUGGCUUCCCUCCAACAACGACUACACAUACUCUGAAUCGAUUCUGCUCGUCUGGUCUAGUUGCUAUUCAGCAGAUAGCGGGCCACAUUAGCACUGGUGUGAUUGAAAUCGGCAUAGCAAUGGGCGCCGAGUCGAUGACCGUAGGCGGGGAUCUGCUAAAGCAACCCUUCUCAGUGGACAUUCUCGGCAGCAACAACGCGAACGCCGUCGACUGUAUGCAGCCCAUGGGCCAAACGUCGGAGAAUGUAGCGUCCGAUUUUGGCAUUUUGCGGGAGCAUCAGGAUCGUUUCGCCGCAGAGAGCCAGAACCGGGCGCUGCAUGCGCAAAAAGAGGGCUGGUUUCAGGAUGAGAUUGUUCCCAUCACGACAGUACGUGACGGCCAAACCAUUACGCUGAUGGAAGACGAGUGUAUCCGGCCAAGCACAUACGAGACGCUCAGCAGAUUAAAGCCUGUCUUUACCAAAUGGGGAGACCGCAGCACGGCGGGCAACAGCAGCCAGGUUAGCGACGGUGCGGCGGCUGUGCUUAUGAUGAAGCGUAGCAAAGCAGAAGAGCUGGGCCUGCCUGUGCUGGCCAAGUUUUGCACCAUGGCGUUGGCCGGCUUGGCGCCGCGCAUCAUGGGCAUCGGCCCGACCUUGGCGAUCCCCAAGCUCCUGCAACGCGUCGGCAUCUCCAUGGACGAUGUAGAUGUUGUCGAGAUCAACGAGGCCUUUGCCUCCAUGGCUGUCUACUGUCGUGAUCAACUGAACAUUCCCUGGGCCAAGUUGAAUCCGCGCGGCGGCUCCAUUGCCCUGGGUCACCCACUGGCUUGUACUGGUGUGAGGCAGGUUGUUACAGGUCUUAGUGAGUGUAGACGGACUGGAAAGAAGAUUCUCUUGACUAGCCAGAUGUCUAGAUACAUGUCGUCACUCUAUAGUCGGGUUGCGUUGAUCUUCACUGGCUCUGGCUCUAACUCUUCACUAAAUGUGCUCCCCAGCGACUGUCCAGCAUGGACACCAGAACACCUCCAACGUCAUAUUCUUUCCCAUGGAAAUAUCAGGUCAUUUGCGUGCCAGUUUUGCGAUACAUCUUUUGUUCGACGGGAUGCGCUUCUACGACACUUACGAACCUGCAAGGACCGAAUCAGUGUCAGCGCUGAGGUCCCAAAGCUCACGAAGCGCAAGCGUGGCAGGAAGCAAAGCUCAUGUGACACUUGUUCCGAAAUGAAGCGCAGGUGUAGCCGUACCAUGCCAUGCGACAACUGCGUCGCCUUGAACCUAGUGUGCUCCUUGAUACCAGGCACGACCGAAGAAACCACAGAUCGCAACAGUAAUUCGCCAUCACAGGACUUGGCAAUCGCACUCCCUGAGGAUAGUAUUAGUCCGAUUGAUAUGGGUGUAUGGCAAGAAGAUCAAAACUUUGAAGACCUGGUGUUGGCCCUCGAUACAGAUGGGACGAUAGCCCAGGAAGACAGCGCUACUACUACUAUUGGAGCUGAGCAUAACGACACAACGGCAGAUGAUUCAUACACUGAAGCCAUAUCGGCAAUCUCUGCCGAUUCCUUGAGCGGCAUGCAGAUCCUCUAUAAUCUGUUUGCAAUACCCACAUCCCUUACACAGCCGCAGUCCGUGCCUAUGCCUCAUAGAUUCUUCUUCUUGGAGCGUAUUACGGCUGCUACUGGGGUGGCUAGAUCUUUCGAUUGCGGCAAUCCCAACGAACGCCGGCAAAUCAUGUUUGCCCUUUCUGGGACGCACCCGUUUGUCACUGCAUACAGAAAUGCAACACCGCAGCUGCUGCUAGAAGAUAAUUACGUCGAGCCCGCCGAGAUGGAGUCUACUAGCACCGUCACGUCACAGACGCCGCCUCUGCUAAACCAAGCUGCUGAGUCGACGUCCCCCAAACCGAGCUUUACAUCGCUAGAUAUGGAAGAGGAUAGUAUGCAACAGCAGCACCCAUUGUCACUUAAGAGCCAAGAGAUUGUCGCUGGAAUUAGCAGCCCCAGCAAUACCACCACGACGCAAGAGAAAAAUCUCUUGGAGACCAGCGCCCCGGCACAUGAGCUGCGAUGUCAGCUGUUUUUCUCUCCGCAAAGUCUCGAACGGCAUUUGAUUGCCUUUUGGUCGCUGUGGUACCCCAACUGGCCUGUAUUCCAUCGCCCCAGCUUCAGGGCAUCACAGAAACCUGCCACGUUAGUCGCGGUUAUGGCGCUGAUGGGUGCUGUGCUAGAGUCCGACUCGGUGGUCUAUCAUGAGGCUCUCUAUUAG